AUGGGCCGUGUCAAACUCCAGAUAAAGAGAAUAGAGAACAAUACAAACCGGCAGGUUACAUUCUCCAAACGUAGAAAUGGACUCAUUAAGAAAGCUUAUGAGCUUGCAAUUCUUUGCGACAUUGAUAUUGCUCUCAUUAUGUUCUCUCCAUCUGGUCGUCUCAGUCAUUUUUCUGGCAAGAGGAGACUCGAAGAUGUGAUUGCACGUUACAUAAAUAUGUCAGAACAUGAUCGAGAUUUUAGCUGCGGCAUUCAAAAUCGAGAGUAUUUGCUCAAUAUCCUGAGGAAGCUCAAGACUGAGAAUGAUAUGGCUCUUCAAGCUGCAAAUCCUGAUCAUGCUAUGAAUUUAAAUAUGGAGGAAAUCCAGCUAGAAGCUCGUAAUCUGCAACAUCAACUUUACAUGGCCGAGGAGCAGUUAAGGUUAUACGAGCCUGAUCCUCUAAAAAUUACAUCAAUGAUGGAGCUUGAAUCAUGUGAGAAGACUCUUUUGGAUACCAUGGCACGUCUUGAAGAGAGAAAGAAAUGCAUCUUGAGUAACCCGGCUGUAUCUACUUAUGACCCUUCGAGUAUGCAGAUGUUCUUAGAUACAAACGGGGGGAUGCCAGACUUCGAAAAUGAUAUUGUAAGUUGGUUGCCUGAAAAUGGAAACAACCCCAGCUCUGUUCGCGUAGGAUCUGAUCAAUCGUCUUGUGUUCCUGUGAGCAACCAAUCCUCCAUGACACUUUUUGAUGCAUUGUCUCAUGCGACUAAUAACGUAAAUGCAAAUCAUUGCAACAACAUGGAAGGAAGCAAUAUCAACAACUCAAACAGUGAGGUCUUCCCAUCUUGGUACCAAGCUUUCUCGUCAUUGUCAUCAACUGAGCUCCUCUCUGCCUUCAUGCCUCCAACCUCAUUCUCUGCUGUAAAGCAAGAGAAUAUUGCAGGUCCGAGCUUUACAUCAAUGUUGCAACAGCCACAGGCAGAGACCACAUCAAACUGCCUGCAAAUGCCUUCUAGCACUGCUGAUCAAUGUUCAGAUUAUGAGAAUCAGAUAAAACAAUCUAAAAUAGAAUAA